UAUCUCCAGGCCUUUGGACAAGCCUACUCCAACCACAGGAAGGUGGCAGCGGAUGGGGAGAGCCGCGAGGAGUCUCUUAUCCAGGAGUCAGCCUGUAAGGAGGCCUACUAUGAGCAGAGGGUCCUGGAGCUGCAGACUGAGCUCCGCCAGACACGCAACAUCCUCACCAAUACCCAGUCUGAGAAUGAACGCCUGAACAGCAUCACCCAAGAGAUGAGAGAGAACAGCCAGAUGGUGGAGCUCCAGAGGAAUCAGCUGCGUGAUGACAUCAAGGAGUACAAGUUCCUCGAGGCUCGUCUGCUGCAGGACUACACUGAGCUGGAGGAGGAGAACAUCUCGCUGCAGAAGCAGGUCUCCAUGCUCAAGCAGAGCCAGGUGGAGUUUGAGGGUUUGAAGCAUGAGAUCCGUCGUCUAGAGGAGGAUACUCAGUUCCUUAACAGCCAGCUGGAGGAUGCCAUCCGACUGAAAGAGAUCGCUGAGCGUCAGCUAGGUGAGGCCCUAGAGACCAUCAAGACUGAGCGUGAGCUGAAAGCUUCCCUGAGGAAAGAGCUCUCCCACUACAUGAGCAUUGGGGACACUCUGUAUCACAGCCCUCUUAGCAUUUCUCUGGAUGGUCUCAAGUUCAGUGACGAUGCCGAACCUAACAACGACGAGGCUCUCCAAGGAUACGAAAAUGGCUUCACCAAACUGGCCAACGCCAUCACCUACGACAACUGCAUCUCCACGCCGAAGAAGGAAGAGCUGUUCCACCCUGCACCCAGCCUUGUGGAUGACCUGCUGAGCGAACUUAACAUCUCAGAGAUCCAGAAGCUCAAACAGCAGCUAAUGCAGAUGGAGCGUGAGAAGGUCAACUUGCUGUCCACCCUGCAGGACUCCCAGAAACAGCUGGAGCAGGCUAACGGUGCUCUGUCAGAUCAUCAGGAGAAAGUCAACCGCCUCACUGAGAACCUUAACGCCAUCCGCAAGCUCCAGGCCAGCAAGGAGCGCCAGUCUGCCUUGGACAAUGAGAAAGAACGCGAUAGCCAUGAAGACGGAGACUACUACGAGGUGGACAUCAAUGGACCUGAGAUUCUGGAGUGCAAGUACAAGGUUGCUGUGUCUGAGGCGGGAGAGCUGAAGGAGGAACUGAAGACUCUGAAGACCGAAUACCAGGCCUGUCAGUCACGUUACGAAGAGGAGCGCAGCCGUCUGGAGAACGAUGUCAGAACACUGGGAGACAAGCUGGCAACUCUGGAGAAGACAAGUCAUUCAGAUAGAGAAGAGAAGGCUAAGCUAGAAAAGGAGCUACGCAAAUUAAGCGACGUGGCAGGCGAGUCCCAGGGCAGUCUGAGUGUGGCACAGGACGAGCUGGUCACCUUCAGUGAAGAACUGGCCACCCUCUACAACCACGUCUGCAUGUGCAACAACGAGACCCCCAACCGCGUCAUGCUUGACUUCUACAAGGAGGGCAAGGGCGGUCGGAGUAGCCCAGAGGGCCGUGGCCGGCGCUCUCCCAUUUUGCUCACCAAGGGCCUCUUCCCGGAGCCUGGUAAGAACGACCUAAGCGACGGAGCACCUUCACCAGUCUCUUCACUGCCUUCUCCUGUGUCUGACCACCGCCGCGAGCCCAUGAACAUCUACAAUCUGGUGGCCAUCAUCAGGGACCAGAUCAAGCACCUGCAGCUGGCUGUGGACCGCACCACAGAGCUGUCGCGCCAGAGGGUGGCCUCCCUGGAGCUAGGCACUGUGGCCGACAAGGACAAGGAAGCCUGCAUGCAGGAGAUCCUCAAACUGAAAUCCCUGCUCAGCACCAAGAGGGAACAGAUUGCAACCCUGAGGACUGUCCUAAAGGCCAACAAGCAGACAGCUGAAGUUGCUCUGGCCAAUCUGAAGAGCAAGUACGAGAACGAAAAGGCCAUGGUGACCGAGACCAUGAUGAAACUGAGGAAUGAGCUCAAAGCCCUAAAGGAAGACGCCGCCACCUUCUCCUCUCUCCGGGCCAUGUUCGCCACACGUUGUGACGAGUAUGUCACUCAGCUGGAUGAGAUGCAGAGGCAGCUGGCUGCAGCAGAGGAUGAGAAGAAGACCCUCAACUCCCUGCUGCGGAUGGCCAUCCAGCAGAAACUGGCCCUGACUCAGCGUCUGGAAGACCUGGAGUUCGACCACGAGCAAUUCCGCCGGGGGGGCAACUCGGGCCGCACUAAGACCCGCAGCAAGGCCGCCAGCACCGCCUCCAACAACCCCCACGUAAGUCAGAGUCUCACCUGCUCUGGCUCUGGGCGCCCAGAGCACAACAAUGCUAUGCCCACUGGCAUUCUGGGAGGCCCCGUGGUGUUUUGCAGCGAGAAGUACAAGAUCUACUGCGACUGAGGUGGAUGAGAAGUGCGCGGACUGCUGUGUACAGAGGGGAGGGGGCCUACGGUCCAAUCCCUCCCUGCCUUAGUGUUAAAGAGCCCCACUCGCUCGCUUAGCUCCCUGGCCAGCCUGCGCUCCUCUAGGGACUGCUGUGUGACUAACCGGCUGCUCGUGUGUGCUAGUGUAAACGCUUAGGGGAAUGCAGAUGUAUGUACAGUGUGCACUAGACGUUUGGACUGUAGUAGACAUAUAUGGCAUGUGGAUUAUAGGGCCCCGGUUAUAUUGGGGGUUUUGUGGAUUAUGGAGUGUCUAUUCUUUCCUGUCAUGGUGCUGUACGUAUGAUGUAAAAGGUGGCAGCUUUUGUGCUUGUUUGUUCGGGCCCCCUGAGUGUAUUGCCUGGUAACAGUAACACAUUGUGGGGGUGGGGACUUGGUGGCAUUGGUGCUCCUUUAAGAAAAGCCCCCUUUUCUCCCCUGCCUCUCCAUCCUGGUCCUCCCAGGACUGACCUGUGUCCAGCAGCCCACUGUCUAAUCAGGUCACUCUUUAAGGAAAAGGAACUUGAAGAAAAAUCUACUAAAAUAUGCAAUCUCCCUCUGCUUUCUUGCUAGGGGGAGCACAGUGUUAUUUUACACAGAAAUUCAAAACCUCCUACAUUGGUUGGCUGCUGGUUUUCUGAUGGAAUUGUCGGGGCAGAAAAGGAGCACCUGUACACCACAGGUGUUUAUUUCAGGAUCAAUUUAAAAGCUGUGAUGCUAGCACACCAAUACAAUAGGGUCAGUAGAAUCGCAUGGCUUUGCAGCUGAAAAUGCUUUUUAACUGUUUUUCCGUUGUGGGGGCUCUACAUUGUAAAAAGAGGAGUUAUUUGGUGUCUGGUGAAAUACAGGAGGGCUAUUCCAUGUGACCCAUUAUGUUAUGAUGGAUUCUUUCAGAGCCAUAUAAUAAGAGAGAAAGAAAGUUUGACAAAUCGAUUUCCACACCCAAAUUAAGUGCACUUCAGCAUAGGUGCCUCAGGUUCCUACUUCUGUUAAAAAUGGAUAUAAUGAUUACUGUGAAAAGAGAUACAAUAUAGUUUUGAUCAAAGGUGAUUUUUUAAAUAUGGAGCAAAUCCUAGAAGAGCACAAAUCAAAAAAGGCACCCACAUGUGAAUAAUAAGUCUGCAAACAAAACCAACCGACCACUCGGCAAAAGUGCCUGUCGACCCCAAACACUUGAUAUAUUUAUAUCUAUCUGUUGACGUAAAGCCCUGUCCUUGUGUCCCACCUUGAGCUUGAGCUAUCACUCUUUUCCUUCUCUCCCCCACAUCUCACUUAGGGUGAUCUCAAAUAAUUUCUGGGUGGUUAUGUGACUGAAAAUCCUUCCCUCAUAUAAUUUCCUCUUUCUGUCUCUAGUCGUUUUGUCACCAUAACAACCUUCUCUCUUUUAGAUUGUCAGCAGCUUGCUCCCCCAGCAUCACCACUCACCCUUUAACUAGAAUGAGGAAUUGUGGGGAAAAUUGCCCUCAGAAUAUUUUUUGUCAGGUAAUCCUCACGUAUGACGUGUUCCCGAUAUUUGCCUGUGUGUGUGUAUAUGAGCGUUCGAGUGGCCCUCAUGUUUGUAUUAUGUUUUAACCUUUGCAAAUGGAAUCACUCAUUGCUGUUUCUUUGUUUUUUUUGGUGUGUGAGGAAAAAGCGAUCGUAAUGUUUUAGUAUACACAAUAGCUUUAACCCCUUGCAAGCUAGCAUUACGCAAAUAGGAAAAAAAUAUAAGUGGGGCUUGUGUUUAAUAAAUCCAUGUACUGCAUAAAGCUAAAGCUUACACAUUAGCUUUAUGAUGCCAAAAGCAGGGUUGAUAUGAGGAAAUCCUGCAAGAUUUAUCAAAUGAUGCAUUUUCUACUACUAAUAAGCUAUAUAUUAAACUCUAUAUUCUUAAUAUGAUCAUGACCAGGUUAUAAUCUUGCAGGAUCCUACUACAGUAUUCUUUCCUCUCAACUAUAAAGAGAGGGAGCUUAAUUAUUCCACUGAAAAUGGAAUAUCAUCAGCGGUCAACCCUGCUUGAAUGUGCAUCCAUAAGCCACAGCGCACAGCUUGGAGACAAGGCUAUCGUACACAUUAAGGUAAAAAGACAACCUCCUUAGAGGUCAAUCACUCUUUAAGUUUGAGAUUCACCUAACUUGCAAGUGCGAUAUAUUCUGUUUCUAUCAAUUUGCGCUGACUGAGAAAAGAUUUUUGGGGGAGUAGAGGAGGGAGAACUACUCGAUGUUGUAAACCAGCUCCUGAGAGAGGAGAUAAGAAAGCCAGACAUGCUGAUGAAGAAAUCCAGAUGUCUGGCCGAGAGUUGACUCUGAUACUGUGGAGAAAUGAGUCCAGGGGUUUCCUGAGGGAGAAACUCCUGGUAAUUGUUGGAGGAAAUAUAAAAAGAAACUGAAGACUGGUUGUUCAGUCAACCAGAGGACAUUGAUUCAAAUUAGUUGAGCACCUAACCCCUCCACCUUGUAUAGGCUCUGUGGAAUCACUGAGCAGUAGAUAGAUGCCCCGGAUGUGAUUGUGCUAGAACCCCCUCUCCCUACAUAGAUGAAUUCCCACUUCACUCCAUCUAGUUUGAAAUCAAUGUCUGGCUUAUCUGGUGUCAUGACAACAUGCCACCUAAAAAGCUCCUCCUACCUCUGCUUGCAGGCUCCUCCCACUUCACCUUUAAGUUUUACUACAUAUGAUGCAUCCAUCUGAUUUAUAAUAAGCCUGCAUGUCAAAAACACAAUCCAUUUUUCAUUAACUUGCAUGGCAUAUGAGAAACACCCCUCUCCUUUGACCUGGGUGGUGGGAUAUGGCUUCAACUCUGUCCUAUGAAUGAAAGGUAAUGGUACUGGUGAGUUAUUGGCUUCCUAACUGCACCCACAGGAUAAUUUCUGGUGAAUGCGCUUUCACAUCAGCUCCUCAAAAAGCAUAUUGACCAUGUCAGUAUGAUAGAAAAGCUCCUGACAACACCGGCUGCCUCAGGGCUCCUAACAUGGCUUCUCUUGCUUGGACUAACUACAGCCGCCCGCAGCUUUUGUCUGUGUGGACUCCGCUGCUGACCGUGUUACCAGUCGCUCUAAAUUGACAAAUAAUGCUAAUGCUGAUCUUUUUUUUUUUGUUUCUUCAUUUUGCAGUAAUUGCAGUAGUUCUGCACGGAUGACGAAGUACCAGCACAAGGUCCUUUCUCACUGCUGAUUGAGUUUGCCGAAAAGACUUAGCACUAAUAGGCUAUUUGGACUUGAAGACCAAAAAAAAACAAAGACAAAAUGCUAAAUGAAAACAAUGAUUUCCAGUCAAAUAACUACUUACUACUUAUUUCUUUUUCAUGUGAUGUCUAGCGGAAUGACACGUGGUCUCAUUUUUGCGUGCUGCUGCUGGAAGCCAAUUUCUCACAGGUGCAAUGAACUGAUUCUGACCAGACUUUGUGAUUGGCUAAUCUAACCCUCCAAUGAUAAGCCGGGGGACAUGGGGUUGUUUCUCAAUGUACAUCAACAAGCUGUUUUUGUCUGGGUUCAUCUUUGUUUUUUGUUUUUUUUUAAUCUGUGCACUUUUAUUAUAUAGGAUCAUAACAGACUAUUAACCUAUAGGAAAGCGUGGUAGUACUAUGGUUUGUGAGUAAUUCAGUAUAGGUUAUAAAACUAUAGGAUUAUAUGUCCUCCUGAAUCAUCUGAAAUUAAGUAACUAUUUACUCUAGUAAAGGCUCCACAAACCACAGACGUACUAUUAUGACUUUAUCCUCAAGAAUUUAUCCAUCAAAUAAUCAUUCUUAAAUUGUUUUGUUACAUCAUAUGUUAUGCUGUUGAUUUUCUUUUAUGUUUGUUCUACUGCCAUGUUCUAUACAAAAAUCCAGGGUGAUCAAAUUCUGGGGUUUUUUCAUGUAUUUAUUAUUCCUAGGAAUAGUUCAGAAUAACACGAUGAAACUUGACAACGCUCUGACUCAAAUAGGUAAGUUGUGUUUUGGGAAAAAUUUGAGCGAUAUGAUAUGCUUUUCCUAGCUUCUUACCGAGGGCGUUCCACUGAAACGGGAUCACUGGCUUUCAGAAUUCUCUGCAAGUGCAACGAUUAAAUUCCAAAUUGGAAUUGUUUCAUUCUCUCUUUGUUUAUCGUGCCAAAUCUUGGUACACCGUUUAGGUUGAAAAGAAUCAAGACUCGGAAAUUAAGACAAGCCGUCACUGAGGAAGAGGUAGUGCGGGGCCAUGGCUCUCCGUUUGAGUGCCGGGGUUUUGUUUUUUGUUUUGUUUAGUUCUUCGUUUCUGACCAGUAGUGCCUUUCAUUGUUUCAAGGGAGAAUCAUAGUACAAGUAUUUUAUGUUUUCGUUUUUUUAUAGGUAAGGACUUAGGGUUCAAAAUUGUGAGCAGCAAUAAGUGCAAAGGGAAUUUUCCCCUGUCUGCAUGAGUGAGAUGAUAGUUUUAAAAAUUAGCUCAAUAAAACUGAAAUUGUAUUGAAUUCUGCAGGUCAGUGAUCCAUUCAAUAAAUUCAGGGGUAUUAAGAAAUUGUUGUUUUUUUAUCAAACGUUGGGAACCAAAAGAAAUCCCUUUGGCCUCCUGUUAUUGAACAAAAUGCUCCAAGCAUCUGUAAUGUUUUGGGGUAGAUCGGUGUACUAUUGGAAACAUCUACGUAUCUCUAGCAUUGUUUGGUGAAGGUAAUGUGAUAUCAAUAGUAUUGUUGAAAAAAUGUGCAGAGAGCGCAUUUUAUCUUUCUUUUUGUCCAGUUUGAGUUUUGUUUGUUGUUUUUUUAUUCUUUUUUUUUACAUCAUCUUUGAGCAUUAUGUUUUCAGGAAACAGAAAACAAAAUAAGCAUCAACAAGCUUGAAUAGUGCCAUUACAGCCAAUGCUUGUUUGUUGAGGCGUAAAAGUUACCAAUAUGGAUGAGAAGCUAAAAAAAGUGCAAUUCAGAUACUGUUAUACAUUAAAAAAAAGGAACAAAGUUUUCUGUUUGCUGGAAGCGAUAGCAUUGUGAUAAUAAAAUUAGCUGUGCAAACUUUAUAUUGUCAUAUUGUGUUUCAGUAUUGAUCCAUAAUAAGAGUUUGAUAUCUUUAUAUGAAAUAAUGACUUCACCUGUAUGUUGGUAUUUAUUUGAAUUGUCAUGCAGUACUGUAUUCUUAUCAAUAAUGUGCAUUAUGAUUAGUGGCAUAUUGAUUACAGCUAAAUGUCAUAUGCAUGUUUUUCAGUCAUGGGACCUUUACACAGAAUUGAAAACAAACGUAAACUUUUGUCAGGGUGUUAAAAAUAUUGGGGGAAUAAAAGAAAAGAGUUAAGUCUGAUGUAUUACUGCUGAACUAACCCUUUGAAAGUGUUUUGUUUGUUUUCCAGUAGAGAGGCGGUAUGUCUGUGUAAAGGUAGUCAUACUGGCUAAAAUCAAUAAAUGUGACUUAAGUUUCAAA